CAUCGUGUUGAAGGAGGAUGAAGUAUAUUACUCUCACAGAUUAUUCAGACAUCUUUAUAGCGCCAUGUGACAUGUCAUUACAGAUGAUGACUUUCAGCAUGUGGUUCACUGUUACUUCAGUAUCACUAGAAGAGUUUGCUUCGCGAUGAAGAUUUCUGUGACAUACGAAGAUUUUUUGUAUCCAUUGGACAUUAGCCAUGACUCUGAAUUAGAAGUAUUAAAAGCUUUACUUGAGUCAGAGAGUGGAUUAAACUCGUCUGAUUUUGCAAUUUACCACAAUGGUAAUUACAUGAAAGAAUCGAAGAAAACGUUAAAGAGUUACGGUGUUAGGGAUGGUGAUAUCUUGGUAAUGACGAAACGCCUUCCAAGGCCACCCGCACGAGAAGAGAUGUCAAGUGAUUGGAGUAGUAUGACAACUAUGGACAUGUCAAGGGGAUCUUAUUCAGGAGAAGGUGCAAUGGCUAACAUUGAUCCUCUUGUGCUACGGGAAAUGUUACUUUCAGAUUCUUAUCAAAGGUCCUUAUUGAAGGACAGAAACCCACCAUUAUCUCAAGCUUUAGAGAGUGGUGAUGCACAGAAAUUUGUGAGAGCAUUCAAUGAACAAAAAAGGAUGAGAGCAGAACAAAUUGCACUACGACAGAGAAUGAUUCAAGCAGAUCCAUUAGAUGUCGAAGCACAACAGAAAAUAGCAGAGGCAAUUCAACAAGAGAACAUCAAUUCAAAUAUGGAGACGGCUAUGGAAUUUGCACCUGAGUCAUUUGGUCAGGUGACAAUGCUGUUUAUAAAUUGUUUUGUAAAUGGCCAUCCUGUCAAAGCUUUUGUUGAUUCUGGUGCUCAAGCAACAUUAAUGACUGCAGAAUGUGCUGAGAAGUGUAAUAUCAUGAGACUAGUUGAUCAACGUUAUGCAGGUCUUGCAAAAGGAGUUGGUACUCAAAAGAUUAUUGGUCGUAUUCAUGUAACACAGAUUCAGAUUGAAGAUGUCUUCCUUGCUUCAUCAUUUUCCGUGUUAGAGUCACAACCUAUGGACAUGCUACUUGGCUUGGAUAUGUUAAAACGUCAUCAAUGUUGCAUCGAUCUAAAGGAGAACAAGUUGAAAAUUGGAACAACCAACACAAGUACUCCAUUCUUACCUGAAUCUGAAUUACCAUCAUUUGCCCAAUUAUCUAGUAAUCUUAACCAAGAAAAUGAAAAUCAAAAUAGCCUGUCAGCAUCAAAAGCUCAAUCAUCUGGCAGUCAAUUAAGAUAUGGCGCUGAAGCAUUUUCUCGUCUUCCACCUAAUGUUAGUGAGGCAGAUAUAAAUGGUCUUCUUGAAAUGGGAUUUAGACGUGAAGAUAUAUUAAAGGAACUUCACAAGAAUGAAGGAGAUAUUGGUAAAACAACAGCUGUUCUUCUUGCAAGAUCAUUGAAAUUUCCUUCAAAAUAAAUCAUUUUAGUGACAGGUAACAACGUUGGCAAUGCCUGAAAAAUUCAUCCAUGAUCAAGUUUUUCUCUUCCACAUUUAGAAGCUAUCACUUUAGUGCAAUGUAUUGAAAAACAGUAUUAUAUUCAUGGUGAUAUUUUAUUUUGUUUGUGUAAACUUUCAAAAGUGUAUUUCUAGGGUGCAUAUUUUUUAAAUAUAUUUGUUUUAUUGUA